AUGAGUAGAAGCAACCGCAGCAGCAGUAAGUCCAUGAGGGGAGAGGGGCGGGGAGGCAGAACUGGGCAACAGCCAGCAGCGAGAUGGAGGCGGGACUCAGGUUCCGCACUCCAGCUGCUGGCGUCCCCCCUGGUGUCGCGGUCCCCGUCGCCGAACCCAGAAACGGAGGACGAAGGUCGGAUCACCGACGUGGAGCUGGAGGAGGAGGAGGAGGCCGGCGUCCGGUCGGCAGGGCAGGAGGCCGAGGUGCCAACCAUCGACCUGUCCGAGGAGGAGGAGGAGGAGGAGGAAGACAAGGAGGACACCGCGACGGAGACGGUGAGUCCGGAGGUCUCCUCGGACGAGGAGGACGAGCCACGCCGGGCAGCGAAGGCACGGAUGGCAUUCCGGAGGAUCCGGAGGGCCGCAGCCGGAUCCGCCUGGGCGACGCAGCGCCAUCGGGCCGCUGAGGCGAAUAUUCGCAGCACGGGCGGAGGUGCCGCCGCAGCCAGGGAGUGGAAGAAGCGGCUGGAUAAGGCCGAGGCCGAGGAGGCGGCAAUAUGGGCACAGCCGGGCCCUCCGGAGCAGCCGCCGCCGCUGUCGCAGCCACCGCCACCACCGUCGCUGUCGCAGCCACCGCCACCACCGUCGCUGUCGCAGCCACCGCCACCUCCGUCGCCGCCGCUGUCGCAGCCACCACCACCACCGUCGCCGUUGCUGUCACAGCCACCGCCACCACCGUCGCCGCCGCGCAAAACGGCUCGGCGGAGAGCCGGAGGUCUGGGAAAAGGGGACCUGGGUGUGGCCGUCACCGGGAGAGCCAGCCGCACGGCCGCCCAAAUUCGCCAGGCUGUCGUCGUGUCCGGAGCCGCGGUCCCCACCAGCAAGGCCGUCGAUAAGCCGAGGAAGGGUGGCCGCCCAGGGUGGCAGCCGAAGCCAACAGGCAGCUAA